AUGAUUGUGUACUUCUUUUCACCGAACGAUGACUUGAUCAGCUCAUGUCCCUUGACCGGCGACUCUGACUCUUCAGCCUCACAGUGUCGUCGAGUAUUUGACAAGGGGCUCAAAUUCAAAACGGAAACAAUCAUAAGUCCCAUAAUUUCUGUACCUAUUGUGGAGUGCUCAAGUGGUCGAUCUCGUGGUUUUGGAUAUGUAACCUUUGCAACAGUUGAAGAUGCCAAGGCUGCACUUGCGAGUGAACACUUCCCAAGGAAUAGAGCACUUGAAGUAAAAAUAGCCACAUCAAAGGAAAUGAGAGCACCUUCAAAAAAAAAGUCACCAGGAUAUUUGUUGCUAGAAUUUAGGAGCCAUUUUGAUAAAUUUGGUGAAAUUACCGAUUUAUACAUGCCCAAGGAUCCAAGUACCAAAGGGAAUUGUGGAAUUGGUUUCAAUACUUUUGCAAUUGCUGGGCCGGUCCUAACGGUGGGCGACCCGGGCGACCGCCCAGGGCCCAUGUCUCAGAGGGGCCCAAAAUUCUUAGAAGACGUUGUAAUUUCUCCCUCUCCUUUUCGCAUCAACAAACUCAUUCUUUCUCUUGCUCUUAAAAUAAUUCUUUCUCUCAUUUCUAUCUUGCUCUUAUAUGCUAAUUUCUCCCCUUUCUGUGUUGAACUUAUGCUUUUGCCUUCCCUUAUGUGUCGAGUUGUUGAUUUCCGAAGUGAUUGGGAGAUGCCAAAUAAGAUUUCUAAAGUUUCUUCAAGUUUCUGUCUAAAACAGUGAAAUUCAAUGUUUUUCACUCAAUCAGUAAGUGCUAUUUUUGUAGAUUUACGUGAUAAGAAAGAAGUUUAAUAAAGCUACAGGUAUUGAAGAAGUAUUCAAGGUUAUCAAUUUCACAAGAAAGAUAGAGUUUAACAAUAGUAUUAUGUAUACAAAAAAAAUAUCUGUAGUGCAUCAGAAAAAGAUAAGUGUUUUCUUUUUAUUUUUUUAUUUUUUAAAUUUGAUGUUUUUCUAAAUUUGAUGGUUAUAUUUGUGUUCAUGAUAAUAUUAUUAGUGAUUUCUUGUAAAUAAUGCGUCUAUUUUUGAAUGGAUAUGAAAAUUUUCAAUUUGGGGGCCUUUUUUUCUAAUUCGCUCAGCCUUGAUAGUCCGAUGUUUUUUGUUUUUGAUAUAACUACCAGAGGAUUAACCACCUAUAGAUCCUAAUCCUAGAUAAGGAAUGAUACAUGAACAUCUUCAGUUUUUCCAUUUUCUUGGAAUUAUACUCGGAAAGGUAAGCUAAAUGCUAUUUAGUAUUCUUAGGAUCAUUACUAACUUCAUGCAAUUACUUAUACAAAUAUUUUUAUGAUUAUUAUGGUUUCCAGUGUGCUCAAUAUGUUGAGUGGUUGUUUUCUUUCCACAAUUACUGAUUUUUUUUAGUUUCAUAAAGUUAUCUGCUUUUAAUUUUGGGAUUGUUGGACUUUUGAAUUUAUUAUGUUAUGAUCUAUAUUAACAUAGCUUUCUUUCAUCUUUCAAUUCCAAAUAUAUAGUUCAUGUGCAUAAUCUUGUAUAUCUAGGAGUACCUUUUUGUUAACCUUAUCUGUUCUAUGGCACAUUUUAAAAUCAUUCAAUGCAAAUUGAAGUUUUUCAUUUGUAUGCAUACAUUUUCAGUGCUCCUGCUAUCUAAAAGUUCCAUGUAUGCAUACAAAUCUCACUAUCAAAGGGAGUAAUUUGGUAGCAUUCCAUAUCAACUUUCUGUUCAAUACAUACAAAAAGUAAGUAAGCAGAAUAGAAAUAAAAAAAGACACAAUAAAGUAAUCAAACUAUAGGCUUGACUGUGAUGAUUAUUCUCUUUAAAUAUGAUAAUUAAAAUAAUGGGAUGCCCUUUGCAGAAAUUUUUGAUGUUUCCCUGUUAAUAUAAUAUAAGUUUUGGGCUUCUUUCAUAGGAGAUUAGUUUUUUGAAUACUCUUUUUUUUUUUUUUUUCUUAAAAUAGAGAAUUAUUGAACAAGCUGGUGUUGUUU